AUGAAAGUCUAUAAGCAACUACUACUGGUUUUCGCCCUUGGCGCGACGGCCCAACAGGCAUCUCCUCUGCCAACCGGCCAACCGCCACUGCACAUGUUCCCGCCCGUCAUCCAUACUACCGAGCCGGUCCCCAGCGGCGCGAGCUUGCCCACGACGCCAGGUACAAAGGUGACUGGAGCGAGCUCAGGUUCCGGCUCUUCUGCCACCGACACGACCGCUGCUUCUGCGUCGGGGUCGGGGUCGGCCGCAACCACGAGCGGCACCCGGACGUCGACGGGCUCGGCGGCUCCAACGGCACAGGUUAACAUUGCGCCCAUUUUGGGAAUCGCUGCCGCCGUUAUGGUGCUCUAA